AGUGUAAGGAAAAUUUUGACAUUUGAAACGAAGGCGCUUCUUCGCCUUCGAUUCCCAAAAUUAAAAAUUCCCGUUUAACGCCCAAAUCUCGUCUCUGUAGUUCUUCUGUCACUUCCCAGUACUAACUACCACUUCCUCAUUUCUGUCUGUCUCCAAGGGUACAACUAAUCUUAUUAUAGUCGUAUAAACAGUUAAUUUGCGGCUGGAUCUCAGCUCGGAAAUGCCGUAAACGUGUGUGUGCGGUUAAUUUCGAGGUUCAAGAAGCCAUUGGAGCAAAGAUUCUGGUUUACAUUCGUCAGUGGCAGCUGGGGAAUUUGGUUUCAAUGAGUUUUAGCUCCAAAAACCCUAUCUUUAGAAUUUGAGCGCGCUAUUCGUGACAGAGCACAUUAAAGCUGGUAGUUGCAGUGGAUUGAAGUUGGAUAUGGGGGUUCUAGUGAUCUUCAUUUCAUGCCCGGGGCCAGAUUGAACUUGUUGGGGGGAAAAAGCUGGGCUUUUGAGCUACGACUUUUGGGAGUUUUGGACUCUAGGGUUUAAAUUCAGGCGUUCUUGUGAGAAUUAGAUAUUUCUUUGUAUAUAUGCACCGAUAGAGAAGCUGUUGAAGUUGUUGUUGUUGUAGAGUUCUUCAAUAGGGCAGUGAAUUAGAAAGAAAGACGAAAUGUUUUAUUCGCAGUUUAUCCUGGCAAAAAAGGGGCCUUUGGGAACCAUAUGGAUCGCUGCACACUUGGAAAGGAAGCUCCGAAAGAAUCAGGUUGCUGAUACCGAUAUCGGCGACUCUGUAGACUCUAUUCUUUUUCCUGAUGUUCCUAUCGCUCUCCGUUUAUCUAGCCAUCUUUUGCUUGGCGUUGUGAGGAUAUACUCUAGAAAGGUGAACUACCUUUUUGAUGAUUGUAGUGAAGCUGUGCUCAAGGUAAAACAAGCUUUUCGCUCAACUGCUGUGGAUUUACCCCCAGAAGAAUCAAAGGCGCCAUAUCACUCUAUCACAUUGCCAGAGACUUUUGAACUUGAUGAUUUUGAACUGCCUGACAAUGACAUUUUUCAGGGUAACUAUGUAGAUCAUCAUGUGAGUUCAAGGGAGCAGAUCACACUACAAGAUACAAUGGAGGGUGUCACUUACUCCACUUCUAAAUUUGGUCUGGAUGAGAGGUUCGGUGACGGUGACACUUCAGGUUUAGACCUUGAUGAGGAAUUACUUUUGGAGAAGUUUGCUGCUACAGGAGAUGCUGGUCCAAGUACUGAUCCUCAAGCAUCUGCUGAACCAAUGACUCCUCUGAAGCAAGAUGAACUUAAUGAUGCUUCUGCUGCAAACUCAGAGUGCAUGAUAGGUGGUGCUGAUGGAGAUGCUGAUUUUAUGGAGUAUGCUCAGGCCCCUGACACACCAGGAUUGGUGGAAGAGCCAAAUUUGUCUAAUGUUCAAGAGACCUCAGCAUGCGAUGAUCUUCUGGAACCAGAAUGUCAGCAUUUAACAGAAUCAGACAUGAAAGAAAAUUUGGGAAGUAUUUCUCAAGGACUUGAUGUUCAUGAUGGCAGUAGCCUUCAGGGGAAUUUGUCUUUGCACAGUGACACAAAUCCCAAUGGAGAUGUCCCUUCUGAGGAGAAUGGUUUACAUUCAGGAAAUGGGAAAUUUCCACCUCCUGGAAGCUCAAAUUAUUGUGCAUCAUCUGAUGAUAAUACUUUAGCAUCUGGAACACCUUCUGUUCCUGUUGAUACAGUUAAUGCUGUCAACUCAUCUGUGUUGGAAUUAACUGAUAAGAAUCAUAUGAUUAUUAAUGCAUCUGAUGAUCUACAAAGAGAGGAGCACUUGCAGAAUGGGAUUUUCAACCAUGAAAAGGUUGAUGUUUCUUCUGAUGGUGGCUUUCAUGAAGAUGGUCCAAUACCCAAUGGUAUUAGUAUGGAAGAAAGUGCUCCUGGUUUGACAAGUGUUGACCUUUCAGUUUCAGAAAAUAUUCUGCAAAGUGAUCAGACAUCACUUAAUGUACAGGAAUCUAUAAUUUGUCAGGAACAAAAUAAGCCCAAUGAUUUAGCAUCUUCUGAAAUUCACAUUCUUAAAUCAUGUGACACUCAGGUGAGCCAGGCCAAUGCUUCAAUACCAUGUCAUGAUCCAGUUCUCGAGUCCAGGUUGCCAUCUGAUGUUUCUGGUCUCUGUGCUCCCGAAACUUCUAGAGAGGAGACAUCAUGUGCUUCUGUGCCAUCCACAACUUUCAGAGGUGAAGUGUGUCAUUCAACUAAUAAUGUAGAACAAAUCUCUGAGGACAAUCACAUGAAAAUACCUUCUUCAUGUGAAGACGGUCAUGCAGUUUGUCUUACAUCAAAUGAUCAAGUGGAGAAUCUGUGCAGCUCUGCUCAUGAUCUGGCAGCCCCUGAGAAAUUGCUUUCAGUGCCAGGAGGGAUUGUUGAUUUAUCUAGAAGUGUUCUAGAGGAGGCUACACCAGGGGAGUUGACCAAGGUCAAUGAAAGUGAUGCUGCUGAAUCUAAUAAUCUCUUUUCAGGACGAAAGCGUAGUUACACUGAAAGCACUUUAACAGAGCAAAGUCUAAACUCGUUUGAAUCGUCAAGGAUGGCCCAUUCCACUAGAACCACAGAUUUUUUUCCUGAUGAUGAUGAUUUGUUGUCUUCCAUACUAGCCGGGAAAAGAUCUUCAGCUCUGAAACUCAAGCCUACUCCACCUUGUGAGAUUACAUCUAGCAAACGUCCACGCAUUGCUCCUCGGGCUAGUACUUCUAAGAGGAAGGUGCUUAUGGAUGACAACAUGGUCUUGCAUGGCGAUACUAUAAGGCAGCAACUGACAAAUACUGAAGACAUACGUCGUGUACGCAAGAGAGCUCCUUGUACAUGUCAAGAAAUUUCUGUGAUCCAGAAACAGCUAUUGGAAGAUGAUAUUUUUAGUGAGCCAGCACUAACUGGUGUCUCAGUGAAGUUGGUAUGCUUGAACAAGCAAACAUUUGAUCUGACCGGAAUCAAGGUGUUACAAAAUGAUGUAACUGGUACAUCUUUCGAAAAUGUAACUGACAAGGAAACCUCUGUAAAUGAUGGAAAUAGUGAGAACUUGGAGAUACAAAUUACUAACAAGUUAAAUGGGCCAGAAGUCACAACAGAAAACUGGACUGAAGGCAGUGACAAACCUUUUGAAAUAGAAGAUGGUUGUAAUGUAGAAGCUGUUCUUGCUAGAGACAGGCAGGUUGAAAGCUAUGACCUAGAUUUAGAUAAUAAUGAUGCCACCCAAAUGCUAAUGGGUAGCAAAGCUAGUGUAGCAGAAGCUCAUACCACUCAAGUUGAGCUGUCAGAAAAUGCAGUUGAAACAAGCAAUGAGGAAACAAACAUUUCACUUGCUGGUGCAGCAAAUUCUGCUUCUUCAGCUGGAGUAUGUUUGCCAUUCCCCAGUGGUGGUGCUUUAGGCAAUGGAAAUAAUGAGUCGACUGGCCUUCUUAUUACAGAUUCUUUUGAUGAGUCGAAAGAGAUGGAUGCUCCUGUGCUUAUAGAUGCAUCUCUGGCAUCAACUGAUCAUGUAAUGAGUGGUCAAGAUGUCACAAAGAUGGAUUUGAGCAAUGAUGAACUACUCAAUGCUAGUGAUUUUCCAGAACAGAACACUGUUGAUAAUGUAGAAAUUGAAAGUGAUCCUAGAAUAGGGGGCAGACCAUUGUCAGAAACUGCCCAAGUUGAUCCUGCAGUUGAAGUGACAACCAAUGUAGAAUAUGACACUCAAAACUUGACUAGUAAUGAUAUUUGGGGUGAACUGCCAACAGUAGACUCAUUAUAUUCAGCAGAUGAUCACAUGACUCUGCUAGAUGCUACCAUAGAUGCUGGAGGAGUUCCUUCUCAACAGGAAACUUAUCUUCAAAGCAUGUUUGAUGUGGAAGCCUCUGGUGUUGAGGUGCAUGAUCCAAAUGUUUCAGAUUAUACAGCUGCUAUGAAUGACACAGAGUUCCUAAAUGUUGAUGAUGAUGAUGACGAAACUGAAGCAGCUGAUGACUAUAUUCCUGAUUCUGAAGGAACUCGUUUCGCUGAUAACAGUGGAUGGUCUUCCCGUACUAGAGCUGUCGCGAAGUUUCUCCAGACUGUUCUUACAAAGGAAGCAGAAUAUGGAAGGAACGCUCUUUCAAUGGAUAGUCUUCUGGUUGGUAAAAAACGCAAGGAGGCAUCAAGGAUGUUUUUUGAAGCUUUGGUUCUUAAAACGAAAGAUUACAUCCAUGUAGAGCAGGUGAUUCCCUUUGACAAUAUUACUAUACAGCCUCGAAUGCCGCUCAUGAAAUCAGAUUUCUGAAUCUGAUGUUGGAGUAGGAAAAGCAUAUAAAGUAGGAAAGCGUUCACAUACAUGGUAGCUUUUCUUUUUGUUUUGGGGGUUGGGGGGGUUCAUUUCUUUUUCCAGUUAAAUUGUGUAGAAGAGUAGCUAAUAUAAUACAGAUGAUAAUGACACUUGGUUGUAACAUGCACUGUAUUUAUAUAAGGUCUAUGUAUAUAGCCUCUAAAAAUUAAGUGUUUUCUGCAGUUUGUAUUGAUCCUACAUCUAACAUUUUAAUGUGUAUCAGCUUCUUCAUUUCAGAUUGGAAACUUUCUGAAAUGCUUUUUAGAUCAA